UGCUUUCGCUCAGUUAAUGCUCAGUGCAGUAUGCAGUAGGUACUGUGCUUUUUUUCGUAACUCUUGAAUGCAUUUUAUUGCCAUGUCACAGACUUUCACCAAUCUAAAUACUAUUUAUGAAAUAUGAACAAUAAAGAAUCAAAAUCAGAAGCUUUUUGGAAGGAUGCAUUUAUGAGCUGACAGAAGUAUAUUAAAAUUGAGAGACGCAGAAGAAGUUAAGGCAGAAGAGAAUGGAAGAGGAAGAAGAGAGAACACCCACAUUCUAUGUCUACCAUCCAUGCUCUUUUCUUCAUCAAGUACUCAGGGCAUUUUUCAAGUGUCUAGGUAUUGAGAGAAACUCAUCGCCACAAAUUCAUGCUGCUGCAGAUCCUACUAUAAACUCUCCAACAAACACUCAAACAUCUCUAGAUGCUGCAGAUCCACCAUCUCUAAUUAAUGUAGGUUUAAUUGCAAGGCGUGAUGGUAGUCGAAGGUCUCCAAUCACCCAUGGACCCGGCCCUCAGCAUAAUUAAUAUAUGCCAUUUAACUUUUUUCUUUUCUAGAUAUCAAAAUCUUUGCAUUUUAACUAUAGUAAUCGGGUUAAUUAUCAAAGAGUUACUUUUUCUGCAGGAACUUUUAAGGGUAGCUCUAGCUAGUACCAGGCCUUCUGCAUAAAUAAAAAGAUGUUUUCCUUCUCAAAACGAAGCAAGUUAUCAUAGAUUUGCUCGAUCUUGCAUCUACUUUACCAUUUUUACAUAGAGUUAUUGUAUUGUAUGUGUGUGGGAAUUAAAUGAUGUUCAGAUAUACAGAAGGUC